GUUCAUACGAAUUGUUUCCAUUCUGAAUGUGGCAUUUUGUAUACCCGGCGUGCAGAAGGAUUAUCAUAGCACAGACAGAAUACUGCGCUCAUUGACUGGAAAUCUUCAUUUGAUUAACUUCAUUUAUUAUCCCAAAAUUAUAUCAAGCCUAUUAUAACAUUGAGAUAUAAUAACUGCAUAUCUGUUAUUGCAGCCCCUGUAAUAAACGGUCCGGUCUUCUGUCUAUGAUCUCAUCCCCGCCUAGAUGAUAGGUGGAAAGAGAGGAGGGACGUAAACAUAUUACACAGAGCACUCUUCAGUAAAUCUACGGUUCUCUUGUGUCUGUCUUUGCGAGAGAUCAUCUGAAAUGGCAACCAGUGUAAAGAGGCCAUCCCUGGGUCCGGUCCCUCCCCCCAGGAAGAAGUCCAACCCCAAGUCAGAGCUCACUGAGGAGCUGAAACAGGAGAUCAGAGAGGCCUUUGAACUGUUCGACACCGAUGCCUCCGGAUACAUCGAUGUCAAGGAGCUAAAGGUUGCUAUGAGGGCGCUGGGGUUUGAGCCGAAGAAAGAGGAGAUUAAGAGGAUGAUAACAGAGGUGGAUAAGGACGAAACAGGAAAGAUCUCCUUCUCUGAUUUCCUCACCGUCAUGACUCAGAAGAUGGCUGAGAAGGAUUCUAAAGAGGAGAUCCUGAAAGCCUUCCGUCUGUUUGAUGAUGAUGAGACGGGGAAGAUCUCCUUCAGGAACCUGAAGAGGGUCGCUAAGGAACUGGGAGAGAGCCUGACUGACGAGGAACUGCAGGAGAUGAUCGAGGAGGCAGACAGGGAUGGAGACGGAGAGGUGAACCAGGGAGAGUUCCUCCGCAUCAUGAAGAAGACCAGCCUGUACUGAGACUAGACCCGGGUGUUGUGGGGUUAGAAGACCAGCCUGUACUGAGACUAGACCCGGGUGUUGUGGGGUGGAGGGUGAUGUUGGAGACAUACAGGGGCAGAGGAGACUAUGGUUUGGUUUUACAUGUUAUGUACUAGUCAAGUCAUUACUCAGUUAUCCCCCCCCCCCCCCCCCCCUAGUCACCCCCUCCCCUCCAACACAACCCUCCUUACCCCUAGUCACCCCUUCAACAUCCCCCUCCUCUACCUCUACCCCUAGUCACCCCUUCAACAUCCCCCUCCUCUACCUCUACCCCUAGUCACCCCCUCCCCUCCAACACCCCCCCCCCUACCCCUAGUCACCCCCUCCCCUCCAACACAACCCUCCUCUACCCCUUGGCACCCCCUCCCCUCCAACAUCCCCCUCCUCUACCCCUUGGCACCCCCUCCCCUCCGACAUCCCCCUCCUCUACCCCUUGGCACCCCCUCCCCUCCGACAUCCCCCUCCUCUACCCCUUGGCACCCCCUCCCCUCCGACAUCCCCCUCCUCUACCCCUUGGCACCCCCUCCCCUCCAACACAACCCUCCUCUACCCCAUGGCACCCCCUCCCCUCCGACAUCCCCCUCCUCUACCCCAUGGCACCCCCUCCCCUCCAACACAACCCUCCUCUACCCCUUGACACCCCCUCCCCACUAACAACCCCCUCCUCUACCCCUUGGCACUCCCUCCCCUCCAACAUCCCCCUCCUCUACCCCAUGGCACCCCCUCCCCUCCAACAUCCCCCUCCUCUACCCCUUGGCACUCCCUCCCCACUAACAUCAACCUUAUAACUCUAAUGUAAAGUGAAAGUUGUGACUGUAUUUUUCUUCUUCGUAUCGUUGUAUUUGUGUCUCUGAAUGAUCUACAGUAAGAUCUCCUGUAUUGAAUGUUUUGUACAUAUAAACUGCAUGUGCAGAUAUAUAUUGAUAUUUAAGAUAUUCAUUAAUGAAAUACCUUUUUAAGCAGUUUUUUUCCCCAGUGUAUUCGUAAGACAAGUUCAUGGUGCUGUAACAACAUGUUCUGACCAUAUGCAUCCAUGCACUGUGUCACCAUGUUGGAGAAGUCUCUAGAAAGAAAGAUUUCCCUGACCAAGAUGGCUGUCCUAUAAUCAUGUUGCCAGUGUCCAUUCCAGUGUUACACAUGUCCAUAUUUAAUCUCUAGUCUAAUG